CGUUUCUUCAAUGGCUCUAGCUCUUUCCGAAGAAGAGCCCUAGGAGAGCCGAAAAUGGUGUCGCUCAAACUGCAGAAGCGUCUCUCUGCCAGCGUGUUGAAGUGCGGCAAGGGCAAGGUUUGGCUCGAUCCAAAUGAAGUCAACGAAAUCUCCAUGGCUAAUUCCCGACAAAAUAUCAGGAAAUUGGUCAAGGAUGGAUUUAUUAUCAGGAAGCCAACCAAGAUUCACUCGCGAUCGCGAGCCCGCCGAAUGAAGGAGGCCAAGAGAAAAGGCCGCCACUCUGGAUACGGUAAGCGCAAGGGUACCAGGGAGGCCAGGCUGCCCACUAAAAUCCUGUGGAUGAGGAGAAUGAGGGUGCUCAGACGUCUGCUCCGCAAGUAUAGGGAGGCCAAGAAGAUUGACAAGCACAUGUAUCAUGAUAUGUACAUGAAAGUUAAAGGUAACGUCUUCAAGAACAAGCGUGUCUUGAUGGAGAGCAUCCACAAGUCGAAGGCUGAAAAGGCUAGAGAGAAGACGUUGUCAGAUCAGUUUGAGGCCAAGAGAGCAAAGAACAAGGCCAGCAGGGAAAGAAAAAUUGCAAGGAGAGAAGAGAGGCUUGCCCAGGGACCUGGAGAGAGAGCAGCUGCCGCACAGGCAGCUGCGCCUACGACUCAGCAAUCUCAGGGUACUAAGAAGGCAAAGAAGUGAUCGACGUUGCUACAAGAAGUUAUUAUCUUUGGGUUUGACGGAGUUGCAUUAUAUUGUUGGUUUAUCUUGUGAAGUAACUAUGUUAUUUGGUGAAAGGAGUACUACUGACUUCCCCCUAUGUUUUGACUCUAGUAUUCGGUUUGCAUGUUGUUUCAGACACUAUCUAAAUACUGCUUGGGUUAUAGUUUCUCA